AUGGAAGGGGAAGUAAAGCAGAAAGAAGAAGCUAAAUAAAUUUAAUUAUUGCUUCCUCCUGUACCUAAAGAGGUUAGUUUAGAUGAAAAUUUACUUUCAAGAUAGCUUGCUGUCUAUGGAAAAGAAUUUUAGGGGAAAUUAAGUCAAACAAAUGUAUUUAUUUAUGGCAUGAGAGGAGUUGGUGUAGAAGUUGCUAAAAAUAUUAUUCUAGCAAAUCCUCAUGUUGUAAAGAUUUACGAUAAGAAUAUUUGCACAAUUUAAGAUAUGGGAUCUAACUUUUAUAUUUCAGAGUAUGAUAUCAAAAGUUAAAAGACAAGAGCUAAAGCUUGUCUGCCUCAUCUUAAGCAACUCAAUUCAAAUGUACACGUCUUAGACUAUGAUGGAGAAAUCAAUGAGGUUCUUCUUAGUGAAUUUAAUGUUGUAGUGUUUACUGAUUACUAUAAUAGAGAAAAAUUAAUUGCAUGGAAUAAGAUGUGCAGAGCAAAGAAUAUAGGUUUUAUUUAUGCAGGAUUGCUAGGUUUAUAUGGUUUUUGCUUUGUGGAUUUUGGUGAGGAUCACAAAAUUUUAGAUCCAAAUGGUGAGGAACCUAAACAAGCCAUCAUCUCUUCAAUCACAAACGAUAAAGCUGCUGUAGUUACCUUACUAGAAACAAAUCAAAAAAAAAGUCAUGGAUUUGAAGAUGGUGAUUAUGUUAUCUUUAAGGAAGUGGAAGGAAUGGAUGAAAUGAACAUUUAAGAGCCUACUCAAGUUAAAAUACUAAGCAAGUAUUGCUUAGAAAUUUAAGUUGAUACAACUGAAUUUAUGCCCUAUACAGGAAGGGGGUUAAUCGAACAAGUAAAAGUACCUAUACCUUUUGGAUUCAGAAAUUUAGAAGAGAGCUUAAGGGUUGGUUAUGGAUUAAAUAAUGAUAGAUUUUAAUCUGUUGAUUGUGGAAAGGAAGGAAAAUAAGAGUAACUUCACGCUAUCCUUUAAGGUGUUCUUGCAUACGCAAGCAAACAUAAUGAAUAACUCCCUGAAUUUAAAAACGAAGAUUAAGUGAGUGCAGUCUAACAAUAGAUUGAUAUUUUGAAUAAUUUAUAUAAAAAAACAUAAAAUUCUUUAAUUGUAAGUGAUUUAGAUUAAAAUCUACUUAGACAAAUUUGUUACUUUUCACACUACUAAAUAGCUCCUUUAACCAGUUUUUGGGGAGGUAUAAUUGCUCAAGAAAUAGUUAAGUUCACUGGUAAAUUUACUCCUUUGUCAUAAUGGCUCCACAUUCAUAAUUUUGAUUUGCUUCCAGAAGCUCAUUUAAGAAACCCAAAUGUAAAUAGAAUUCUGACAAAUACAAGAUAUGAUGACUAUGUUAUGAUUUUUGGGAGAGAUUUUAUUGAUAAAAUUUUGACUUAAAGAGUUUUAAUUGUUGGUGCUGGUGCUCUUGGUUGUGAAUUUACAAAAAUGUUUGCAUUAAUGGGCAUAGCUUGUCAUAAAAAAGGAUUUGUUCAUAUUGCAGACAAUGAUUCAAUUGAAAUUUCAAACUUAAACAGAUAAUUCUUAUUCUAGAGGGAAGAUAUUGGAAAAUCAAAAUCUUUGGUUGCUUCAGUGAAAGGAAAAUAAAUUAAUAACUCAUUUAACAUAAAAUCUCAUAAGCUAGUUUUAGAUACUUCAACUGAGAAUAUGUUUGAUGAUAAUUUCUGGAUGAACCUAGAUUUUGUUGUUAAUGCAGUGGAUAAUGUGAAAGCUCGUCAAUAUAUAGAUAAGCAAUGCGUAUGGUAUAAUAAGGUAUUGUUCGAAAGUGGCACUAUGGGUGUUAAAUGUAAUAGCUAAGUCAUAAUACCUCACUUAACUUAAAGCUAUACUGACACAAGAGAUCCUGAGGAAGAGUCUAUUCCUAUUUGCACACUUAAAAAUUCUCCUUAUUUAAUAGAACAUUGCAUAUAAUGGGCUAUAGAUUAUUUUGAAGGCACUUUUGUUAAAUCUAUUAAAGAAAUCUAGGAGUUUGUUAAAAAUCCUUUAAAGUACAUAUAAAAAAACUAAAGUGAACUAAUGCCACAAAGGAGCUCAGAAUUUUAAAAUAAAUUAGAAUGGAUUAAAAAAUUAUUACAAAUAUAUAAUAAUCCAACUUAUUAGGAGUGUCUUCACCUUGCUAAGUAGCUUUUCGAAGAAGUUCAUAAUAACUAAAUAGCUUAAUUGCUGUUUAAUCUUCCAUUAGACACUAAAGAUUAGUAUGGAUCUCCUUACUGGAGUGGAUAGAAAAGACCACCAUAAGUUAUCCCUUACGACUCUAAUGAUGAGCUGCAUGUAGAAUGGGUUUAAAGUUGUGCAAAUAUUUUUGCUAAGGCUUUUAAUAUUUAAAUAUGUAAAGAUCCUAAAGAAAUAGCUAAAAUUUCUAAUUAAUUAAAAGUUGAAACUUUUAUUCCUAAAAAGCUAAACAUAAACGAAAUAGAAUAGAAUUAAGCAGAACAAGUUAACUUAGAUGAAAGCGAAAUAAAGUGCAAUUUGUUGAUCGAGCAAAUAAAAAAUGAAUUACCUAAAAAAUUGGUGGACCUCAAACAAGUAGAGUUUGAAAAAGACGAUCCAACAAACUAUCAUAUUGAAAUGGUAUCAGCAAUAUCUAAUCUUAGAGCUAGAAAUUAUAAGAUUAAAGAAGUUGAAAAAAUGAAAGUGAAAGUAAUUGCUGGGAAGAUUAUUCCUGCUUUAGCUACUACUACUGCUAUGAUAGUAGGAACAGUUGGUAUAGAGAUAAUUAAGUAUAUUAUGUAAAAACCUAUAACAGCUAUGAGAAAUACUUUUAUGAAUUUAGCUCUACCUUUGUGGGUCUUUUGUGAUCCUGUAGAGCCCUACAAAAACAAUGAUACUGACUAUGAUUUAGAAUAUCUAGGUCCAGUUAAAGCAAUUCCAAAAGGUUUUACGAAAUGGGAUUUUAUAAUUAUUAAUGGUCCAAUGAGAGUAAGUGAAUUUAGAGAUUAUUUUUUGGAACACUAUGAUGUUAUUAUAAACAAAAUUUAUUAUGAAAAUAAAUUUUUGUUUGAUCAAAAUGAGUAAGAUGCCUAACAACAUGAGUAAAUGGAUAUUUAAGAUUUAUUUGAAUUAGUCUUUGAAAACAAGAUUCCUGAAUAUAAGCAAUACUUGAAAUUUGGAAUAUAUGCUUCUGAUAGAAAAGGAAAUGAAUGCAAAAUGCCUUUCGUAAAAUAUUCUUAUAAAGGAGAAACCUUAAAAACUGAGUCCGACCUUUUAUCAGAAAGUGCUUCUGAAGCUCUCGAGUAAGCAGAAUAAAACAUGAAGCCUAAAUCAAAUUUAUCUCCCAGCAAAUAAAAAAGACUUGAAUAAUACUUAGAGGAUUAAAUUAAAGAGUUCUUAAACUAAUUAAUUAUAGAUGCUCUUAAAGAAAGGCCUCAUAGUUUCCUUAAAUUCAGCUAUGAAUGGUUGCAGCUCUAUAAAAAUAAUUAAUAUUAUAUCCCUUAACAAAUUCAUUAAGCAUCCGAUUUAAGCCCAUAGGAACUAGAACUGCAAAUGAAAGAAUAUUUAAGAGACCAUGUUGAUAUUUACAUUGAAGAAUUAGUUUUUGAUUUAAUUACUAAAAGACCUCCAUAGCCUCUUGAUUUUGCAAUUAAAUGGUUCUUCUAAAAGCAUAAAGAUGAUAGACUUCAUAUUAUCAAAGAGUAAUAAGAGGCACCUGGAGAAGAACCUAUUGUUAUAGAAUUCAAAUCUAGUUCUGUUGAGGAAUUCGAGUCAUACAAUUAAGAGUAUGAAGAGUCCAGAUUAAAGUUGCAAGAAUUGGAAAACAAGUAAGAAGAAGAAGAAAAAUAAAAAUAAAAAAAAUCUGAUAAAGUAUUGGAAAAUCACUAAAUAGAGCUUGCUUAACAUUACGAAUAAUAUGGGCUGAUCUGCAUGAAAUUUAAUAAAACACAAGAAGCUAUAACUUAUUUGAAGAAAAGUUUGUUCACAAUAAUAAAAUUUGAAGAUAAAGCAAAUUCUAUGGAGGCCUCUAGAAUUAACUUCAAUCUUGCAGAGUUAUUUGAUAGAUAGUAAUAAUAUAUAGAGGCAUUUAGGUUCUAUAAAGAAGCUCUUUGGCUACAAGAAUAAAUUUUAGGAGAAGAUAGAAUUGAGAGCGUUGAAAUACUUUAGAGAAUUGGGUUGAUCCUUUAAAAACACAGAAAAUAUAACUCAGCCUUACAAAAUUUCCAAAAAAGCUAUAAUAUUAUGAAAAAUAAUUUCAAUUAUGAAUGUCCUCAAGUAAUAAAUCCCUUGAUAAAUUUAGCUAACUGCUUGUUGAAUCUAAGAAAAUUUGAUGAUGCUCUUACUUACUAUAAAAAAGUACUAAGGAUGUAUGAGAGAAAUAAUUAAAUGGAAGAGACUGUUGAAAAUGUUUCGUUUCUCUACAACAUGAGUCUUGCUGCAGAAAAUUGUAGAUUUUUCUCAGAUGCUAUUAACCUGAUGAAUGAAGCAUUAGAUAUGGUCUAAAUUUGUUCUCCUAAAAAUAACUCUAUCUUAAAUAAAAUUAAUGAUAGAAUUAGAUAGCUCCAUCAACUUUAUGAUUCUAUUUCGAAAUGA